UUCAAGAAUUGGAUGAUUGCGUUAUGUGGUUGUGAACAUUGUAGAGGAAAGGUGAUGCUAAAAAAACAAAUUCUAAAAGAAAUGGUAAACGAUAUUCAAGUCAUCCGUAUGGUCGUCAACAAGAUAGAAGGCGACUUGAAAAUUGUAAUGGUAAAAAAACAAAUCCUAAAAGAGAUCCUACACAAUAUUCAAAUCAUCAACAUGAUAGAAGGCGACUUGAAAAUUGUAAUGGUAAAAAAACAAAUCCUAAAAGAGAUCCUACACAAUAUUCAAAUCAUCAACAUGAUAGAAGGCGACUUGAAAAUUAUAAUAUGGAUGCUCUGAUAAAAUUUUUUAAAAGUCAGCAAGACAGCCAUGUCAGGCUGUUGGAGUACCAGGCCCGCCUCCUUAUGGAAUGUAUGAG